GAGCCUAUUGCUACUGCUGAGCCUAUUGCUACUGCUGAGCCUAUUGCUACUGCUGAGCCUAUUGCUACUGCUGAGCCUAUUGCUACUGCUGAGCCUAUUGCUACUGCUGAGCCCGCCGCCGCCGAGACCGACGUUGCUGAGCCUACAGCCGUCUCAAGACUACAAGCUCCAUGGCCUUCCACGGCCUCCCGGCCGGCCGCCGUUCCAAGACGAGGAGGAGGGCGGCCUCUGGCCACCACUAAAGACUCUAUUUCCGUCGUGCAGACGCAGCCCCCCUCCCGCCUAGAACGAGCGCCCGACAUCAUUCAUGGCUAUGAUCUAUCAACUGAUCCUUUUUGCUCUCAGGCGCAUCUCUCAACCACUCCCGCUCGUCUCGCCUACACUCCCCGGGACCCCUCCCCUUCGGAUCCUGAGUUCAUUCACAUCGCCGACGACGACGACGACGAAAAUCUCGCCGAGUAUGACACUCUUGAUGCUGCUCCCAUCGAGCCCUCUAUCGUUGAGACUGACACUGCUGAGCCCAUUGUCGCUGAGCCCACUACAGCCGAGUCUAUCAUCGCUGAGCCCACCGUCGUGCCUAUUCUCACUGAGCCCAUUACCGUCGCUAAGCCCGCCAUUGUCGAGCCCGAGUUGCUAGGCCUAUUAUCGGCGAGGCCGCCGGCACCAAGCCUACUAUCGUCGCGACCGCUCCCACUGAGCCCUCUACUGUUGACGGUGGUCCUACUGAGCCUACCAUCAUCGAGACCACUCCCGCUGAGAAAAUUACUGUUACAUCUACUGAGAGCAUCCGACGACAUGCUGAAACGCAACAAUGAGGAGAUGACAACCACGCUUACCGAAUUGCUGGCACACCACAAGGACGAGACAACGGAGACCAUUCAUGAACACCCAUAG